ACCGUGGACUGCGUUUGCGGUGUGAGUUUCGACGAUGGUAAAGAGAUGGUGAACUGUGAUGAAUGUGGCGUUUGGGUUCACACGUGGUGCUCACGUUAUGUUAAAGGAGAUGAUCUCUUUGCUUGUUACAAGUGCAAGAUCAAAACCAAUAGGUUGAGGAUGGAGAGUAUAUUGAAUCAGGGUCGUGCCUUUCAGAGUUUUAGGGAAUGUACAGAGAUCCCGAUUGAAGAAAGGGUUCAUGUUCAAGGAGUGCCAGGUGGAGAUUUGGAUUUGUUUGAAGGUUUCUCGUCGGUUUUCUCUCGCCAGCUGUGGAAAUGUACUGGUUACGUGCCUAAGAAGUUUAGGUUUCAGUGCAGAGAGUUUCCUUGUUGGGAUGAUCAGAAGGGAGCUUUGUUAUCUAUGUUUGAAGAAAAUGAUGUAGCUGGUCCUACUAAUGAUAAGCUUGGUUAUAGAGGAAUGGCAGUGAAGCGUUGUCAGAGAGAUGAUGUGAGCUUGCUGUGUUCAUUGAGUACAGAUAAUAGGAGAAGAGAAGAUUGUGAAGAUCGAGUAAAGAAGAAGGUCAAAGUUGAGAACAAAGAGGAAGAAGAUGAUGAUAAGAACGAUUUGGUGGGCAAAACCACCCUGAAAUUGCAAUAGCAAGUCUUUGAUUAAGAGAUAAAGGAGAAUGAGACCGAGAAGGAGAUAUGCCUUGGGUUAGCUUCUUUAGGUGUGGACCAAGUUAUAGUUUUUUUUUGCAAUGAUCAUGUGUCAAAGCUUAUAAUUUUCUUAGUAUCCAGAAUUCACCCUUGUUGAGUUUUGUAUAGGGGACCUCCAAAAAUGUUAUGAAUAUGAAAGCUUUGGUGAAACAUAUGCUAAUUGUAAUAGAACUAUAGGAGAUGUGAUA